CGUGAUGAAUCUCUGUUCAAGUAUUAUUACAUUUUUGUGCAAAACAUUUCAUUGCAUGUGUAAGUUUUUACUACCAGUAAUGGAUGUUUAAAUCCAGUAAGAUCCGUUGCAGUAAAUAUUUCUGCAACUUUUUAUAAGUGAAAAACUGCUGAUGUGAUUUAUGUUGUAAUUUGGAAUAUUUCUGUGUUUUUAUGUGAUGCACGUUUUGCGUACAUUAUACCAAAAUAACUACAAUAUUACCAACCGACUGCUGUGGAAAUUAAACAAUAAAUGUGUUAUUGUGUACAGAAGAGUUAAGCGUUUCAACGAAAGUAAUGUAGACUUCCGUGUUAUGUAACUUAUGCUCUAAGUAUUGUAAACAAAGAUAUGCCAUGGAAAUUACACAAUGGUGUUAUAGUUUAUAAAAAAUAUUAAGCAUUUCGACAAAAGUAAUGUAGACUUCCAUGUUGUGUAACUAUUGUACCAGAAGUAUCGUAAAGAGAGAUAUGCCAUGGAAAUUAUACAAUACUGUGUUAUAGGAUACCGAGAGAGUUAUGCAUUUCAGUAAUAAUAAUAUAGACUUCCGUGUACCACAAGUAUCGUAAGAAAAAAAAGAUAUGGCGUGGAAAUUGUACAAUACCGUUACAGUGUACAGAAAAAGUUAGGCAUUUCGACAAAAGUAAUAUAGACUUCUGUGUUGUGUACCAGUAACUAUUGUACAACAAGUAGCGUAAAGAAAAAUAUGCCAUGGAAAUUAUACAACACCGUUAUAGUUUAUAAAAAAAGUUAUACAUUUCGACAAAAGUAAUAUAGACUUUCAUGUUGUGUAACUAUUAUACCAUAAGUAUCGUAAAGAGAGAUAUGUAUUGUUCUACCAAUGUAUUUUAUUCUGGUAUCAACCCCGGCAGAAAAUUUGGUUAUAUUAAGGGUAUAUAUAGAAGAUAUUGGUAGUAAUUAUGUGGAGGUACCAAUAACACCCAAUACAUCAUGUCGAGAUAUAAUAGAAUGUGUUAAAGAACCUGGUAGAGAGAUCUGCUAUAUGGUCAUUAUUAAAUAUAAUACAGAACAUAUAUUAUCAGAAGGGGUUAAUGUAUAUCAUUUGUUACGAGACGAGGGACCUGAUAAAGACCGUUUAGUGUUUGUUUUACGUUAUGGCAGUAUUAUAUACCAAGACGAUAUGGCCGAUCUUCCGGAUGGAAGACGUGCUCAGCUUCGGAAAGGUAUUCGCGAACAACAAGCAUUACAACGCAGCGUGUUGCCGGGUGGUAUGGACCUUACACUAAAUGAGCUGCAAGAAAUGGCCGCCAAACAACAGCAGCAGAUAGAAAGCCAACAACAGGUAUUGGUUGCUAAGGAACAACGUUUGAAAUAUCUGAAACAACAGGAAUACAAACACCAACAAAUUUCGACGGAACACGAUCGACUCCGUAGACUCCGUGACAAGGUAGAGGCUCAAGAAAUGAAGUUAAAGAAAUUACGAGCCCUACAGGGUCAAGUCGAACAACAGAAAAAUAAUACUGCAACAACAAAUUCAGAACUCGAUUCUGUAAAAGCCAUGUUUAAUGAGAAGGAGAAGGAAUUAACGUUAGCCGUAGCCAAGGUAGAACAAUUAACCAGACAGUUAGAAGAUUUAAAACACGCCAAGUUACAUGGUAUAAACGGGGAAACUAGGAACGCUGCAGCCGCAGAACUCGAAAAACUUAAAAAAGAAUUAUUGAUGAGGAAUCAAAUGCAUCAACAACAAAACAACAAGCUGGUAGCAAAACGAGAUCUGCUGCAGAAAAAAAAAGACGACACGACCAAGAUGGACAACAGAAUUCACGAAUUACAACAACGAUUAAAGAAACGUAAAUUGCAAUUAGCCGCAAAUAGAAAUAACUCGAACCAGAACAAGAAGCCAUCUUCGUCAAAUAUCGCGGCCGUAGAACCAUAUAUACAACAUCCCGCUAAAGAUGUUACAAAGGAUGACUUAUAUUCAAACACUGGCUUCAUUAAGCACGAUCCAAAGUACAAAUCGCUACCUCAAAAUUCGAAAUUUCUCUCCGAAAAACCCAAGUUGGACGAUAUCGAUAUUAAAAUGAAAGACGAUGGUAAAGAAAUGAAUAAUAACGUUCAGAAUAAAAUCGAUAGUCGGAUAUCGGAGUGGAAUAAAAAGAUAUCAAACGGAACAGUGCCUCCUUCGUUUCCGGCUCCACGGCCAGUUUCUUACAGAGUGCCACAACAGAACCCUUCAGGUAGUCAAAGUCAGCCCAAUGCUCAAAAUGUGCCUCGAACAAGUAUUGUAAGCAAUAUCGCUAAUUUAACACCUAAACCUUUCGGUAGUUCGUCUGGUGUUGUGAAUCGUGUCGCGGGUCCCGUUCAGCAGCCGGUCAUCAGUAUUACGGAGGAAGAACGACAAGCGGGUAGCGGUCAAAGUUCACCAGCAUCUAGUGACAGUGCUCAAACUUCACCGAACGGAACAACUACAAACCAAUCAACAAAGUCAUCACAGCCUUUACCUACACGCAGUCGGGUUUCGCAAUCGUCAACGGGAACAACUGUCACACGUCCAGGAACGCGCCCUCCUCCUCCACCCGUUCCCAUUCGGACAACAACGUUAAAACAGGAUCCGGGUCCCGCUGUUAAAAGCAAAAAUGUCCAACCCACAGCGAUCCGACAAGAUCCACCGAAACAACCGAAUCUUGAUGUCGUUGACUCUGCUAAAGUUAUUUUCGAUUCCCCAGCACCUGGACCAGGACCCGGCCAGCCGCAAGCUACGUCGACACCCAUUGCGAACAAUGAAUCAAAUACAACUCAACCUGGUUCUCCAAACGGUGGCCAGAAACCUACUUACAGAUACGCACCAAAGAGUGUCAUAGCAAAUACUUACAUGAGUCGACUCGGUGGAGCCGCAUUUGAAAAAUAUCAGAAAAAUAUGAACUUACUUUACAAACCUAAGGACAGUUCUCCGGAACCGGAAAAUAACGGUCCGUCUUCAAAAACAGACACCGAAGAAAAAACGUCUUUCGCUCAACGCAUACCUGUCAUGCCAUCUAGUGGACCAGUGAAAGCUAAUCAUUCUCAUUUUGGAAUGAUGAGUUCUCCGCAAAACACCAAUAUCACAUCUGAUAAAGUUAGUUACAAGUUGAACACACCAAAACAUAUCCGUCGUCGACAUUCGGACAGCGAUAACGAGGAGGUCACAAAAAUGUUAAUCCGAGUCAAAGAGAAAAACAAUUCCUUGGAUAAUUCCAAAUCCGAAAGUUCCGAUAACAGCAAUAAUUCCAAAAAUGAAUCACAGGAAAAGAACAAAUCAGAAAAGGAUACGAACAUAAAUAAAAAUAAAACAGAAAAAUCAAAAGUUUUAAAACGUGUCAGAAGUAAUUUAAAAGGAAAUAAUCCAAAUAAGUCAAAAAAUCGAGUGAGUUUCGAUCCACUGGCUUUAUUACUGGAUGCUUCUCUUGAAGGGGAACUGGAAUUAGUGAAGAGGACAGCUUCUCAGGUAACUGAUGUUAGUGCCCCUAAUGAUGAGGGUAUAACAGCUUUACAUAACGCUAUAUGUGCUGGUCAUUAUGAAAUCGUCAAAUUUUUAUUAGAGUUUGGUUGUGAUGUUAAUUCUCCUGAUAGUGAUGGAUGGACACCAUUACAUUGUGCUGCAUCUUGUAAUAAUUUACCCAUGGUAAAACUACUGGUAGAACACGGAGCGUGUAUAUUCGCCACGACAAUCAGUGAUCAAGAAACAGCGGCAGAGAAAUGUGAAGAAGAUGAAGAUGGUUAUGACGGAUGUUCUGAUUAUCUUUACAGUGUCCAAGAAAAACUUGGUAUAAUGCACAAUGGAGAAGUUUGGGCGGUUUUCGAUUAUGAAGCUACGAAUGGAGAUGAGUUGACUUUUAAGAUGUGGGAUAAGAUGAUAAUAUUACGUAAAGGAGAUGAGAAGGAGAAGGAAUGGUGGUGGGCCAGAUUAAAUAAUAAAGAAGGUUAUGUAGCCAGAAAUCUUCUAGGGUUAUAUCCCAGAGUUCGACCCAAGACUCCAUAAAACCUGCAAAUAUUACCAAAGUUACGAAAGGAACAGACAGACUAGUGCAAUAUGUUUAUCUAGUGUUGUGAAGAAAUAUAUAUAUUGUCAGUGCUACUCUAUAUAUAAACAGAGACUUAGCUAUAACGGACAUUUUGAACAAAAUAACAUAUCAGUGCUUGUGUGUUUGAGGAGAACAAUGUAGUUUCCAUACUAGUGCUAAUCUCAAAAUUCAUCGAAAAAUUAGAAGAAAGAAAAAUUGUUUUAUUUUAAGAUGAAUUUAUUUGUUUUCAAUAUUUAUAGAAAAAUACAAUUUUCUCUUCUUUGUGAAAUUGUUUUUUUCAAAGAUUUCCCUAAAUUUUGAUUUUCAUACAUGAAAUAAUUACGUGUGUUAGAUCUAUAUGGAGGUCCUAUAGGGGCAAAGUUGACCGGCAUAUAUGGCCGACAUGGAGAACCCAUGGGACAAACUACCUCUUAGCAGUGAUAUUAUGAAACAGUUUCUGAAAUAUCAAAGAUCUGGAAUUGUGUUCCUACAACCCCCCCCCCUCGACACACACACAAAUAAUACUACAGCUUUAUUGACAGCCUGAAUAACUCUCAGAACCUUCGGAAUUACAGAAUUAUCUCUGUUGAAAUUCUCCAAAUAAGGAAUAUAUUCAGUUUUAUGAAUUCAAUGCCUGUGUGUGAUUAACGUUUGCGAAGUUAAAAAUUAUUUCAAAAGAUUUGACAUCAUUAAUACUUUUUUUCAACACCCAUAUAUUUCUUAUAUACUAUUUUGUACAAUCAGUUUGUAUUUUUACAUCAAAUUUAACAUUGACUAAAAUUUGAAAUCUAUAUAGUGGCCAGGCCUGGAAAUAACGGUUUUACAGGUACCUGACAAAAUGUCAGGCACUAAUGAAAUAGUACCUGACAUUUUCACCUUAGUGCCGGACAUGUAUUAACAAUAUCAAUAAGAAAGACAAAUCAGUGCCAGACAAAAUGACAGGCACCAGAGGUUUAGUGCCUGACAAAGCCUGCAUCUGUGCCUGACAUUGUCUGUGACAGGUGCCUUAUUUCCAGGCUUGAUAGUGGUGGGUAGUCGUCACCGAUUACUCUCUUCUAAAGCUACUAGAUUCGUUCAUAUACGAACUGUUCAGACUUACGUGACAUUGUGUGACAGGUCCCUUUAUUAUAAUUGUUGUGGAUCAAAGUUAAGUUGAAGUCUUAGAUGGACCCCAACAUCUUUGUAUACUUUUAAACUAAUUCACUAUUGUAGACUUAAACCGUCCAUAAAAUAAACUUUAUUGAAAACUGAAACAUUUAGUCCUACAUAGGAUUUAAAGGGGCAUUAUGUAAGAUUUAGAUAAAGAGCUGUCCGUUCUUGCUAUAUUAUUUCAACAGUAGAUAAUGCAAAAUGAAUAUAUUGAAAAUUUCAUUCAAAUUACUUUAUUUUAAGCGAAGUUAUAACUGUUUGAAGGUUUGACCAGAUGUGUUCAUUGAUUGUAAGCACCGUACUGGUCAUUCGAGUCUUAGCCUCGCUUCUCCAUUUUUAAAUUAAAUCAUUAAAUGGACGAACCGUUCUAAUCUACUUAAAAUCUUGAACAUCCGAGGCAUCGAGAGUUGAUUAAUAAAUGUCUAAUAAUUUAUAUAACAUUUAAGGCCUAAAGAAAGACCUACAAUAGGUAGAUUUAACUCUUACAUAAUGCCUGUUUAAUUACUGGUUAAAAUGUUGAAAGGUUUAACGUUAUAAAGUUACAAUGUUUCUGAUAAGAUCUUAUAAUAUAUUACAUUAUUUUCUUAUAUUAUCAAUUAUUAUAUAUUGAUACUGUUUUUAUUAUCAGUGCCCACAGGGACUUGAUGAAAAUAUUUAUAAUGAUCAAGCCAAAUAAAUUGUAUAAAAUUGUCAUGAUAAGCAUUUUCCAAGUCUCUGUGAUUAAAAUGAAUCCGUCACAAUACACUUUACAUGUAAAUUUCACAUGCGGCCUUUCAAUUAUGCGUUAAAAUUAUCCAGCUUUUCUGAUCUUUUCUAUUACCGUAAUACAGAUGCAAUAAUACAUGUAUUGUAUUCACCCAUCAUUCGUACUAUUUAAACCCUGUAGAGACAUCUCCAUGUUUUAAUAGAUCUAACAUUAUCAAUGAAUAAAUGAAUUAAGGAGAAGUCUUUCUGAAUACUCCACAAAAUAUCACUUAUUGAUAUUCUAGAGCCAGUGGCAACGUCCUUGGGCGUCCAUUUCAGGGGAACACCCAAUUGAAGAGUGAAAAUAAUUUCCCGAGGCAUCACUAAACCUCUGCACAGAUCCGAUCUAGAUCCCAAAUUCUAUAAAAUUUCUCUUAUUAAGCAUACAAAUCCUCUGAGGUCUCUUCAGAAGCCUUUUCUGAAAACCCCACAAAAUGUUAUUCAGCUAUCAAUAUUACAGACCCCAACUUCUAUUCAAUGUCUCUUUUUAUUAAGGGUACAAAAUCCUCUGUGGUCUCUUUAUAAAAUGUUGACCUAUUUAUUGUUGUAUAUUUAAAUAAGGGCAAUGAGAAUACAACUCUUGUCUCUCAUACAAUUGUAAAUAAUUUUUCACUAUGCAGAUUUGGGUUUUUGAAGAGUAAUUAUUGCAAGAUAUUUUGUAAAUGUUUUUUUUUUUUAAAUGUUAUUUUGUAAAAAGAAUGAAUUAUUUACUUACAGUAAUACAGAACAAAUAAAUCUAUAUACA